ACUUUGUUCAAUUUGACCUGCUGAUUUUUGUUGAAUGAAUUCAUGAAUUGUCUGAAAUGACCUUGUCGAACACGUGAUCCGACGCGUCCUUAUACUAUAAAACGCGUCGAUUAUUCUCCACCAAUUCAUCUCUUCAACGUUCAACCCCCACCCACUUUCCAUCACAUCGUCUCUACUACUGCUCGCAAUGGCUCGCACCAAGCAAACCGCUCGCAAAUCCACUGGAGGAAAGGCCCCUCGCAAACAACUCGGUGCCAAAGUCGCGGCACGAAAGACCUCUGCCCCUACUGGUGGUGUCAAGAAGCCCCAUCGUUACCGCCCUGGCACUGUGGCUCUGCGUGAAAUAAGGAAAUAUCAAAAAUCCACAGACUUGCUUAUCAGAAAACUGCCCUUUCAGCGGCUCGUUCGUGAAAUCUCCCAGGAUUACAAGACCGACCUUCGCUUCCAGUCCUCUGCUAUCCUGGCGCUUCAGGAGGCUUCCGAGGCCUACCUUGUGUCCUUGUUUGAGGACACCAAUCUCGCUGCCAUCCACGCCAAGCGGGUCACCAUUCAGCCCAAGGAUCUGGCUCUUGCCCGCAGACUGAGGGGGGAGAGGACAUAAGCUACACGCUCUGCAUCGGACCUGCACGUCUGUAAUUUUUACUAUGCGCAUUGUAUCGGAAUAUCCAGGUGUACUCUAUCUUGAAUGUAUUUGACGGCGACCCGUGAUAAAAGCAUGUUAUUCUGAGAACUUGUUGCGAUAUUACAGGAGCGCCUUAUAAA